AUGGCUUGUAAAUCAUUCUUCAGACGCCAUGGACUUAAGAAUAAGCCAUUGUAUUGUCCAUCAAAUGGUAAUUGCAUUAUAACUCCAUUGACAAGAAGUAUAUGUCAAAAAUGUCGACUCGAGAAGUGUUUAGCCGUCGGAAUGAUAAAAGAAUUGAUUAGAAAGAAAGACAUUUUGGAUGAGUUACUAAACAAUUCAAGUGAUGUUAAUUUGAGUGAUAUUACAGACAUUGGAAACAGUAUUACAAACAUUAAAUUAGAGAAGGAUUUGCUGAAAAUAAAUGAAAACAACAAAAACACGUCAAUUGUUCCCAUGUUUAGGGAAAUCACGGAUUAUAACGGUUUGAAUGAAUUGGAAAACAAUAGGAUAUCGGAGCUGACGAGCGCUGCCGUUCAAGAGAGUUUAAUAAUGGACAUGGUCAAUUUCACUAAAUCUCUGUCCGGAUUCAAUACUAUAUGCAUUGAGGAUAGGGUGGCGCUAUUGAAGUACGGCUCCAAUGAGUUGCUCUCUUUAUUGGGCUUUAAGUUUUACGACAAAUUAACCGACAAUUUCUAUUUCCCAUUAGAUGAUGAAAGUUGUAUUCAGAUCAGUAUGGACGUUUUACAAUCUACUCAUACUAAAAAUGGUCAACUAAUGAAAUCAACUAUGCUAAAAUUAUUGUCCGAAUGGAAUUACGAUGAUUGUAUUACAAUGAACCUGUUAAUGGCAAUAAUAUUCUAUAACCCGAAUCGACCGAAUAUAUUGCAUAAAAAAAGUGUUAAACUCGAACAACAACUGUAUAUAUAUUUACUGCAAAGAUAUCUACUAUUGAAAUAUCGGUCAGAAUCGGAAUCGAGACUAAAACUACAAAACUAA